AGAGGACAGGCCUGGCAGGAAGGGGCGGGGCUAGCAGCUCAGCAGAAGACAGGAGAGCCUGCAGGGAGACACACAGUGGGGCCUGCACUCAGGACCAGGGAGCCGGAGCCCACACCGCCGUGGGCAGCAUGAGUGGGCACGUGGGUGACCUGAGCCCCUCGCAGGAGAGGGCGCUGGCCCAGGCCUGUGGCACCGGCCUGUCCCCUGCGGCCGUGGGGUACCGCGGAGCCCUGCCCACCCGGGUCUCUCCCCGCUCUGCCCUCAGUUCCAGGAGAACGUGCAGGAUAUCCUGGCCGUCCUGCCCAGCACCGACGACUACUUCCUGCUCCGCUGGCUCCGAGCAUAUGAAGUUCAGGAAGCAACAAGAUCUGGACAACAUCCUCACGUGGCAGCCCUCAGAGGUGGUCAGGCUGUACGAGCCCAGUGGCUUCUGCGGCCACGACAGGGAGGGCAGCCCCGUCUGGUACCACAUCAUCAGGGGCCUGGAUCUCAAGGGCCUCCUCCUCUCCGUCUCCAAACAAGAGCUGCUCAGAUUCAACUUCUGGAGCCUGGAGCUGCUCCUGCGAGACUGUGAGCAGCAGAGCCAGAAGUUGGGGAAGAAAGUGGAGAAAAUCUCGACUGUUUUUGAUUUCGAGGGGCUGAGCCUGAGACAUCUGUGGAAGCCAGGAGUGGAGCUUGUCCAGGAGUUUUUCUCGGCACUUGAGGCAAACUACCCUGAGAUUUUGAAGAAUUUAAUUGUUGUGAAGGCCCCCAAGCUCUUCCCGGUGGCCUUCAACCUGAUCAAGCCGUACAUCACUGAGGAGACGCGCAGGAAGGUGCUGAUCCUUGGAGGCAACUGGAAGCAAGAGUUGCUGAAAUUCAUCAGCCCCAACCAGCUGCCCGUGGAGUUCGGGGGGACCAUGACCGACCCCGAUGGCAACCCCAAGUGCCUGACCAAGAUCAACUACGGGGGCGACGUGCCCCAGCAUUACUACCUGCGCAACCACGUGAGGGUGCAGUACGACCACCAGGCGACCGUGGGCCGAGGCUCCUCCCUGCAGGUGGACAACGAGAUCCUGUUCCCGGGCUGCGUGCUCAGGUGGCAGCUCGCGUCGGACGGAGGGGACAUCGGCUUCGGGGUUUUCCUGAAGACCAAGAUGGGGGAGCGGCAGCGGGCUGCGGAGAUGACGGAGGUGCUGGCCAGCCAGCGCUACAAUGCCCACAUGGUGCCCGAGGACGGGAGCCUCACCUGCACGGAAGCCGGCGUCUACGUCCUGAGGUUUGACAACACCUACAGCCUGAUCCACCCCAAGCACAUCAGCUACACCGUGUAGGUGCUGCUCCCGGACCAAACCUCCCUGGAGAAGAUAGAGCAAUUCUAGACAAGCCUCGCGGUUCCCACACCCUCCUCUGUGGCCUCGAGGUCCGCAGUGAGCUCACAGCCUUCGCUAGCCAGACUGCCCUCCAAGCUCCCCAGGAACGGGGAUGCUACCGAGCUGGUCCCAGCCCAUCUGUCACAGUGGGUCUGCAUCUUUGGAACUGCCGGGGCUGUGGCAGCCAGCAAAGCAACAGAAACUCUCCAGCCCCUGUGACUCAAGCUCAGAGAAAACUCGUGGCCCCUUUUCUACCAACCGAUACUGAGUCGGGAGUUCCCGGUCUGAAAUACAUUGUGUUAAAACAAAAAAAAAGUGCAGGGCUUCCCUGAUGGCUCAGUGGUAAAGAAUCUGCUCGCCAAAGAGGGAGACACAGGUUUGAUCCCAGACCCGGGAAGCUCCCACAUGCCACAGAGCAGCUGAAUCCGUGCACCGCAGCUACUGAGCCUGCGCUCUGGAGUUCAGGGGCCGCAACUACUGAAGCGUGAGCGCCCGAGAGCCCGCGCUCCGCAAGAGAGACCACCAGAACCGGAGGCCUAAGCAGCGCAACUAGGCAGUGGCCUUCCGCUCGCUGCGACUGGAGGAUAGCCCACGCACAGCAGUGAAGACCCAGCACGGCCAAAAGUAAAUAAAUAAAUACUUUAAAAAAGAAAGAAAAUGUGAAAUAUAAUAUGACCGACAGAACUGGAAACAAUUGCCAUUUAAAAGAUAAUGCAUUACUCAUAGUUCCCAAGAGGAGAGGGCAUGGAUGCCACAGGGGAUCACCCGGAGAAACUUUGGGCGUGGGGGGUGAGUGGUCAUGAGGUGGAAGGAGGGGGAGGACCUGCGGGCAAAAGCCUUUGUUAUGGUUUCCCCAGAAGGAAUGGGUGAGGCGGGGUCAGCAGGCCUAGAAUUGGCUAUUUUGAGUGAUUUCCUCAGGCUCUGGGGCCAAGGGGUUGUCCCACUUGUCUGGAACCUGGUUCUGGGUACCAGUUGCCCUGAGUUUGAGUCUGAUACAGGAGGAGGCGGGAGUGUGGGCUCUGUAUUUGAAAAGCACACUCGUGGGCAAGACUCUCUCUUGUUGUUCAGUCGCUCAGUCGUGGCCAACUCUUUGCAACCCCACAGACUGCAGCACGUCAGGCUUCCCUGUCCUUCACUAUCCCUCGGAGCUUGCUCAGACUCCUGUUCAACAAGUCAGUGAUGCCAUCCAACUGUCUCAUCCUCUAUCACCCCCUUGCCUUCCUGCCCUCAGUCUUUCCCAGCAUCAAGGUCUUUGACUCUCUCUCUAGGAACUGCUCUCCCUGGGAGGGGUGGUCCCUCCAGGGUCAGCAAAGCCCCAGGUGUCAAAGCUUCAGAACACAGAAAAUAGGAGACGUGAUUAAUACACUUGCCUAGCAAGCAGCUGUGCCGCUGCCCCUCUGAAUGCACAUUCCUUCCCCAUCGAGAAAGAACUCUUGGCUCACAUGCUCCCCUUCCUAGUGUGAAGGUAUCUAAGAACUGGUUCACCUGCUCAGCCUCCAUCCUCUCAGGGACUCCCCUGGUGGUCCAGAGGCUAAGACUCCAACUCCGAAUGCAGGGUGCUUGGGUUCGAUCCCUGGUCAGGGAACUAGAUCCCUCAUGCUGCAGCUGAUGUCCCUGAAUCACAACCAAGACCUGAUGCAGUUAAAAAAAACAAGAAAGAAAGAAAUUGCAUUUUGUUUCAACAGAGUUGAGUUCAGUUUAUGCCAGGCUCUCUUCCCUAUUUCGAUAGCUAAUGCUUCAUAAAAUCCAUCUUUACCUCUUUAACUAGCGUUUGACUUUGUUUAUCUUCAACACUACCCAGCCAGACACGGUUGAUACAGGAAGUGUCCACCCUUGUGGAAAGUUCUACUGAACAGUGAUGUACAUCGUGGGGUGUACAAGGUGGCCUUCUGAGAAGAGGACCACCAGAGACAAACUGAGCCUUCACCUCAGAAGUCAUGCCUCCAGAGAGCCCCACCAAUGAGGCAGGGUAGAGAGAAAUCGGACCAAUGAUUAAUAAAAAUAGGAAAGCAUAGAAAGAUAUUGGAGAAGAAGGAAAGGGGCAUUCAAAGUUGUAAACAAACAAACUAUGCAUAAAAAGUGUGAAGUUUCAAAGUCUGAUCAAGGUAACAAGUGAAGUUGAGCUAUGAAUAGUAAAUUCAGCCUGAUAACCAUCAGUUCAGGCUUUAAUCACCUUGGGAGAAACCCCCAGAUAUACGCCACCCAAUCCAGAGUUAAUUGGCCAAUAACUCAAAGCUUUGAUACCAAGAAAUAUCUAAAACAUUUUUACUUUUCCAUUUGGAUCUAUGGAGAUUUAAAGUUCCAACACAACAGUGGAAAAUGAAUAUUGAAAUUUAAAGAUGUCAAAAAAUACAGUUGUAACCCAAGGACUACACCAAAGGAAGGUACGGAGACAAAUAUAUGGUUGCUGUUUCAUCCCUAAGUCCUGUCCAAGCCUUUUGCGACCCCAUGAAAUGUAGCCCAUCGGGCUCCUCUGUCCAUGGGAUUUCCCAGGCAUGAAUACUGGAGUGGAUUGCCAUUUCCUUUUCCAGCGGUCGUCCCGACUCAGGGCCUGAACCUGCAUCUGCUAUAUUUGUAGGUCUAAUACCUGCCAAAGGUAUUCUCUGAGACACCAGAGAAGCCCAGGAAACAAGAAGGAAUCAAUAAAGUAGUUUCAAGUGUGAUGUCUCUAGAACAAGCUUAAAUAAAACUGUAGUAACAA